AUCAACUUCAACUUUCAGUGUCAACCCCGUCCCUUUCCAGCUUCAUCCUCUCCGUCUUUCCCUUCUCCCCCUUCUUCCAUCCUCGUUCGUUCUCCGUCCAGCUUCACUUCUUUCUCUCUAAUUCCGGACUCUGCUUUUUCUGGUGGCUAACCUUCUGCCUGUCUUUCGCUGCUGUGUUUGACACACUGCUGUCUGAUUUCGUAUCUUCUCAUUCGCAGCUUGCUCCACCAAAUCAGCUCUUAAUCACCCUUCGUCUUCCUUCUAUUUCCACAUAUUUGUGCUUUUUUGACAACUUUAUCUCCGUUGUAUCCUUUACCUCUUACCCCCAAUCAGUACAGCCACUGGACUGGCCUGUCUUUAAUCCCUAGCCCAAUCGGAACUAUCUUGUUCAGCGUCGGCCUGAGAUUGGAAAUCCGUCAGCCUCCUUUCUUCUCUCCCUCCGAUUUCCCAUCAAGCGACUGGUAAAUCGGUGAAACCGUUUCUUGGCCUCGAACGUAAUAUACAUACGCAAAGUCAGCCGGUGCUGCAGGAGCUUUGUACUAAUCACACUUGUGCUUUUAAUAAUUCUUCCGUCUAAUCACCCCUCCCAAAACCGUCCAUUCACUAGAGCGCCCAAAUUCCCCACAACCGCUCUUACAUUUAGCUAUGGCUAGCCACAUUAUUGGAAACAGAAACAGUACUCCAGAAGCAUCAAAAUCCUCGCUCCGCCCUCCAUCCUCCCGUGCACUUGGUGGUUCCCAUCAGCUGCGUGCUUCCGCCGACAUGUCAUCAUUUGCUUCGCCUCUUUCUGCUCGGAGCAUUCGGCCCUCCUCCGAAGUCUUCUAUAACCAGCAAUCUCACUCUCAGAAUAAUGAUGACAUCGACAAGGCUGCCCAGCAGUGGAUCGCAGAUAUUGAUCAGUAUGAGACAACUCUGGAGGAGAUGGCGGCUGCUACCUUGGAUCAGGAUUUCAAAGAUGAAUUAAGCGCUAUUGAGCAGUGGUUCCGAGUCCUCAGUGAGGCAGAGAGAACCGCUGCUCUUUAUGCACUUCUUCAACAAACGACUCAGGUCCAGAUCCGCUUUUUCAUCCAGGUUCUUCAGCAAAUGUCGAAAAGCCACCCAAUGUCGAGUGUCUUGUCCCCCGCCAACUUCGGUGAAAAAGAUCCCAUGAACAACCGGCUUACUGAUGCAAUGUCGAAAUUGAACGUCGAGGGUUCUCGUAAUUCUUUUAGCCGCCCGCCUCUUUCUCCUGGAAACAAACGUAACUCAGGGCUAGAUUCAUCCACAAUCAAUGCCAUGUUCCCAGAUGCUGCUGCAGCUAUUGCAAAACAGAAAGCUGAAUUUACUCAACAAACUGGAACUGCCCCUUCUGCGAAUCGGAAUAGUGCUGUAUUUGGGGAUCGUUCUUCCCUAAUUGCACCAACAAUCUCGGCGCCGGAUAGUGGUAAAGAUAAUUUGCCUCAACCACCGUCAUCUCCUUGGAUUCAACGUACCCCUGAGCCCCAACCUCCAAUUGCGCGACCUAAAUCAUCCUCUGGGCAACAGCACCCACCCAUGGGUCAAUUUGUUCAACCGCCUCAGUCAGCAGGCCUUCGGUCUCCGCGAUCCAUGCCUCCAGGCCCAUCUAACAUCCAAAGCACCAUCGUGACUGCUCCGGAUCUUUCGACGGAACCGCAUUUCUUUUCUCCAUACAACGGCGCUAGCUGGGCGUCAAUGACAAACACACCCAAUGUGGCGGCCUUUAACCAACAACAGAAUGCCCCAUCCCAAGCAGAUAUGGUGGCUAAUGCGACAGCUAUGAAGCUGGCGGCCUUGUCCACCGUAAAUAACCGGAUUGCAUUAGAUGAUGCACGGAAGUAUCGCCGUGCACGUUCUAAUGAUGGACAGGGCAAAAGCCCGAACAUGAACCAGCAACCGCUCUCCCCUGGCAUCCCUAACAAUAACCUGCCGGGGACAAAUCUGAUCAUGGUCAAUGACGUUGGCCAGAUAUUGAAUGCCCAACAAAUUGCUGCUUUACAGGCCCAGCAACAAGCUGCCAUGGCUGGUCGUCGGUCCCGCCCCAAUUCUCCAGGGAUCGCGAUGCAAGGAGGUGGCAUGGGCCACAUGACUUUCGCCCCUCCACAGAACAACGGAUUUCUGGCUGCGUAUGAUACGAAUGCAUUGUUGAACAAUGGUUUCGGUGGGCUCAAUAUGGCCCAGUUUAGUGGCAAUCCCGAGGGCUAUCUCUCUGAUCACUCUGAGAUUGCACGAGGCCGGUCUCCACGUGGAAGACGAGGCAGCUCCAAGCCACCAGAGGAUCCGACUGAUCCUCAUCUGCUUCAGGAUAUUCCCAGCUGGCUUAGGUCCCUUCGUCUUCACAAAUAUACAGAAAACCUUAAGGACCUCAAGUGGACCGAGCUGAUCGAAUUGGAUGAUAAAGGGCUAGAGGAACGAGGAGUGAAUGCUCUUGGAGCAAGAAAUAAGAUGCUUAAGGUAUUUGACCAAGUCAAAGAAGCCAAGGCGGAGGGCAAACUCAAUUCCGCUCUUUGAAUUUUUUGACGCCGUGCGGAUAGGUGAAUCCAGAAUCACCGGUACGGGAACGUAUCCCAAUAUACUUUGUUUUUGAAUUGCGAUUCUUAAUGCACGAAACGGCUUUGGCUUUUACAUGAGGUAAAAAACGGUUUUGUUAUUACGGAGCAGAUCAUACUGCUAAGAUAGUUUGGUACUAGUGUUAGUUUUCACACUCAAAUUUCCUUGCCUUAUGGGCCAUAUAUUCUAUUUUAUCUUAUGUCCAGCUUGGAAAAGGAUCACCGGAUGAGUGACUAUCGAUUAGGGAAGCGACUGAGGAGCAUGAAGAGAGAAAGUAAUUCGUUCUUAUCAACUGUGUAUUGUUCUUCUCAGUGGAUGUCCUGUUCUAACAUUUUGCGCAAAACUCCUUUAUAUCGUGUGAUUUUCAAAUUUUACCCCUGAAUUAUUUCCUGUUCUCCUCACCUUUGUUAUUAUGUUGUAACGUUGGUUUCUCCCCUCCUUAUUUCCGUCCUUGUUUGUGCUUCUUGCCAUGUCAUGAUUGUGUAUUUACCUAGCUACGAAAGUUUAGAGGCUCAUUUUUAUUUUCUUUCUGUGCUUCUUUGGCUUCUCAUCGCCUUUCUCGGCUAUUUAAAAAAAAAAAAAAAAAAAAAAAAAAAAAAAAAAAAAAAAAAAAAAAAAAAAAAAACCCGAAAGCAGCUUGCCAUUCUUUAAUCGUCGGUACGAUGGACGAUGGCAGGGAUAGUUGUGCUUGCCAGUGCUAUUUUCCUCAAGCCUCUAUAAACAGUAGCAAAUUCGUGGUAAAACAUCUUGACAGAAAGAAUCAGAGAACCUCCUUGGCAGCCUGAGAGAAAAGUGGCUGUGAUUCUCAGCUUCACCAUCUUACACCAUACUGUUAAGAAAUGUAAUUGUUCCAAUUUAUAUAACAAUAACCCAAUGCAAUGAGAGUGUGCAGGAGACAAUUCGAUGUAGGGUGUGGGAAAUCACAUGACACGAUGGCAAC